AUGGCCAACAAUAAACUUCCUUGCAAGUACUAUGCAAAUGGUAACUGUAAGUUUGGUAAUAAUUGUAAAUUUGCUCAUGUGAAUAAUAAUAAUAAUAAUAAUAAUAAUAAUAAUAAUAACAAUUCGGGCCAAAACGGUGGUUCUGUUCUACAGAAGUUUAUAUCUCCUAAUACACUUUAUGACAAGACAUCACAGAUUAAACAGGACUUAAAUGACUAUAAACUGUUUCAGAGUAAUCCCGUAUUGUCAAGUUAUGGGCUAGGAUAUCCUGCUGUCAAUAAUUUAAUACUGGGAAGGGAUCUUUCAUACGAAGAAAAUAGGCUACAGUAUCUAGAAGCAGUUGCAUCAAAUUCAGUUCCAGAAUACGAGAAAAACAUAGAUUCCAGACGCAAGGAUAUGACCUAUUGUAUAGAUCAUCUAAGAGGUCAAGAGCAACAUGCUGCUAGAUACCAACAAAAGAGUGCAGAACCUAAUGUUGGAACUCCAAAACCAUUUAUCCCUCGAACUUUGGAGGAAAAUAUAGCACAAUAUUCAAAUCAAGGUAGCAACGCAUUUGGUUCUGCUAAUGGUCAGAACAAUUCCUUCGGAGCUAAACCUUUUGGGAGUACGAGUACUUCGGGUGCAUUUGGUGCUCAAUCGAAUCCAUUUGAUCCAAAGCCCAAUGCUGGUUCUGGGUUUGGAAAUUCUGGAUUUGGAGGUUCGGGGUUUGGCAAUUCUAACACAAAUACUCUGUCAGCAUUUGGUGGUGGUGCGUUUGGAAAGCCUGCUUCAACGACUCCUUCGGCAUUUGGAGCUUCGUCAACAGGUUCUGCAUUUGGGGCUGCUCCGUCAACAGGUUCAGCGUUUGGUUCAACUGGAUUUGGAAGCGCUCAACCCGCAGCAUCCUCUGAAUCUGCGUUUGGUUCAACAGGAUUCGGUAAUUCAAAACCAGCUGCAACAACUUCUGCAUUUGGAGCUCCUUCGACUGGAUCAGCAUUUGGUUCCACUGGAUUUGGAAAUCCUCAGGCCACGACAUCCUCGGGAUCCGCAUUUGGCUCAUCAGGAUUUGGUAAACCUUCAACUGGCUCUGCAUUUGGCUCAUCAGGAUUCGGUAAUGCACCAAGUGGAUCUGCGUUUGGUUCAUCUGCGUUCGGCAACGCAUCUACAUCUGGCGCAUCAGGCACAACUGGCUUUGGACAGUCAGGGUUUGGUCUGUCUACAAAUAACACGUCUAGUCUGCCAUUUGGUAAUUUGAAUAACGACAAUAAGGUUUCUCCUUUUGGUGCUACUAAUAACAAUAAUUCAUCUGGUGCAUUUGGAGCUAGUGGUUUUGGUACUGGAGCUGCAUCGAAUCCGUUUGGAUCUGCAGCAGAAAAAGGUGCGUCUCCAUUUGGAACUACUAGCAAUCAAAGUACAACACUGGCAUUUGGUACUUCUAAUAAUAGUAAUCUGGUGUUUGGACAAUCAAGUUCUAAUGGCAAUGCUUUUGGAUCCUCGAAUAACCCACCACAACAGUUUGGAUCCGGGAAUAAUGGCUCAGGUUUUACAAAUAAUGCUGCACCAUUCGGGCAAUCUGGUUUUGAUUCGUUGUCUGUACAGCCACCGCAAGCGUCGAAUGACACCAGUCUUGACGAAUAUGACCCUAAGGUCCUUGAGGCUUUUUCAGCUACCAAAUUUGAGUUAGGUAGAAUUCCUGAAGUUCCACCACCUACAGCCUUAUGUCAAUAA